AUGGAUUCCCUGCACGAUCAUCCUGACCCUGAUCCUGGCGAUAAGGAGAGCAAGGAUGAGAAAGGGAAGAAGUUCAAGAACCCCGACGUUGAUCCUGGUGCCAAUGCAUACCGUAACGAUAUCGGUAUUGUCGCCAUUCGUACAGACCAUGACACCCCUAGUCGAAAUGCGACGGUUACUAUUCCUUUCCCUGUUCCUCAGCGUCUCUCGUCGACGGUACCUGUGGAACUCAAAUGUUGCUGUGGAAGGACGGAUUGUGCAGUUUUGGAGUACAAUAAUGCCGCGCUUGAGGGGUUGGAGAGGGAUCUUGACACGGCAGCUAAGUUGGGUCAGGCCCUCCUUCAUCGUCAUGAAUCCUACAUGGCUGAGGCGGAAGAGGAUCGUCAGCGCUUAGUCGCUAGUAUCGACAGUUUAGAGUGCGAGAGACUCCAGGCCCAGGCGGAAAAUGCACAUAUUGUCGAGGAGAACCGCACGCUGCUGGCACAGUUGGAGGGUCUAAAUAAGGCUGUCACAGAGUCUGAUGCGCAGGUGAAGGAGUUAUCGUUGGCGCUGGACAGCGCAACGCUUGAACUGCGUAAGCUGACUGUGUCGGCUAAUCGUGCUGCCGAGCUGGAAAUGCAAUUGAAUGAGAUGGAAGCUGAGCAGAUCAAGUUGCACGCAAAGCUGCUGUCCGCGAGGGAUGACGAAAGGACUGCAAUGCAGCGGUGGAAGCAUGCUGAGACUACCCUUCGGGAUCUCCAUGACCAGGUGGAUAGAAUUGAGAAGGAGGCGCGCGAAGAAAGGGAGCGACAUACGGAGCUAAUCCAGCGCAUGGAACGGAGAAGGAAAGUGGAACGCGAACUUGAUAAUGCUGCGGGCCGACUCAAGGGUGCCGCUGCUGCUUCGGGGCUUCGCAGGAAUCAGGCUAGUUCUUCCGUGGUAUCGAGCUUCGUCCGUGAUAUUCUGCAAGACAAUACCCAUCUGCAGAUGGGGAUCAUGGAGUUGCGGGAGAUGCUGGAGAACUCCAACCAGGAGGUCGAGAAACUCCGAGACCAGAUCACGUCGCAUCAGCCCCUAGCUGCUACUGCAACUGCCCUGGACGAUAUGCAGCAGGACCGACCAGCAACAACUUUGAGCGAUGAACUUCGGUCGAUGGAGUCUGGUAGGGUAUCGCAAGAGGUCCAUAUCCAUCACCAUUACCACGCACCGUCACCGGCACCCGCCCCGAAGGCGAGGAUACCCAGUCGCCGUGCAAAGAGGAGGCUGCCAGCAUUAUCAUUUAGUCAAUCUGCAUUACAUUCCGCCUCAGGGGCGCACCUAGUGCGCAGAUCGGUCCACCAUGCUCAUGGUUCUACUUCUUCUGCUUCGACCAUUUUGUCUCAAACCUCUGCAUCCAUCCCGCCAGAGGCUGACUCUUCAAUGGCAAGCUCUCCGCAGUCCGCGUACAGGGCCUCCUCGCUCUUCGACAGGAUGGACCGUGGAUUCGAAUCCUCUCAACCUACGAGCCCUGAAAGCUCCGUCUUCCCUUCCUCCCCUCUACUGCGGUCCGUCCGGCAUAGGACAGAUUCUGUGGACACCCUCACCCGCUCAGGAGUUCCUUGGUCUACGGAUGGGUGUCUCGAGAACUUGGAGAACAAAGAUCUAAGUUACCAAGAAAAUUAUGCUGGGCCACCUGUCAUUCCAGAAGAGUCGGAAGAUAUGCCCAGUCCGGAUUUGGGGAAGACAGAGCAAGGACCAAGUAGUUACCGUGACAAUAUACCGUCUCGUUCGAUCAGGAAAGCUAGCUCCCACGAUAGCCUCCUUUCCGUCUCGGGAAUGGACAUCCAUACUCCGGUCGACCGAAAUUCGCGACUGGGCAAUUGGCAUUGGCAGUCCAAUUUGCUUCCUCCGCUCCUCGCCCCUCAUCGUAUCGUUUCCCCUACUGCGGAAGAACUCUCCACCCCACCCAUCAUAUCAACUACCAACGUAACGGCCGAUAUAGGGCCCCUUCCCUCAACUUCCAAUCGGUCCUCCCGCUCACUCCUUGCGUCUGUUGCGGCGAGUAACAGUUCACAUUCCGAUGCUUUAUCCGUCGUGUCAGAAGAAAGCGCCACAACGGACACUUCCACUGCGAAUCAUACUCCUCGGAAGUCAUCUACUCUAAGCAGCCGCGUCGGCGGCUGGGUUCGCGGCCGUUGGGGCACGACUCCUGUUUCCUCAAGCGCGAAUCCGACGUCCCGGUCUGCGGCGAGCACAACCACCUCUCCUUCUUUUCCGUCUCCUCUUGCCUUCAAGUUCAGGUCGCCUGGUGUUAAUCAGAAGGGACCCAUACUGGGACUGCGGCCACCCCCUCGCGCCCCUGUUUCUGUUCAACCGGAGACGGUUGAUAAGGAUUUGUUGAGGGAGAGUCUGGCCGAGUAG